CAAGCCCAUCCAAACAUUCCUGUCUAUGAAAUACAAUGGAAAGAAGUAAGAUACAACGUCUGUACGAUGCCUGCAAUGCAACCUUCUCAAAGGGAGAACUCCCAACACUUGAAGAGAUUCAAUGGCUGCAAAAUCUCUUAGGCCAGUGAUAUUGUGCCCCAUGGAUUUCAGAUCCCAUGGAGGCUAUAGACGUCGGGAUCGACGAAUUCAGCGAUGAAAGAUCUCCGUUUGUAUGUAGAAGAACGUUGAAUCCGGUCGGCUGCCGGAAUUUGAUUUGCGCGCAUGGAAUUUCUCAAAUAACUUACGUGCACAUUUAUGAGUGCGACGAUUUCUCGAUUGGAGUUUUCUGCUACCCUGCUGGAGGGACAUUACCGCUGCAUGACCACCCUAGAAUGACUGUCCUGAGCAAAGUAUUGUACGGUUCAGUUUACAUCAAGGCCUAUGAUUGGGUGAAAUGUUGGGAUUCUAAUGGCAAAAUAGGUGGAUUGGGUGGGAUGGUAUUGGACGGGGUCUAUCAAGCACCAUGUGAAACUUCUGUGCUGUUUCCUGCGAGUGGUGGGAACAUACAUUCCUUCACAGCAUUGACUCCCUGUGCUAUUUUGGACGUGUUGUCCCCGCCCUAUUCAGAAGAGUUUGGGAGGCCUUCUACUUACUACUCCGACAUUCCUAUUCCUUUUUUUCCUGGUUACGCAUUACUCGAAGAGAAAGAACUGCCGGACGAUCUGGUUGUGAUCAGUGCACCCUAUCUUGGCCCUGAACUCGCCGUCGACUUGGACUUCUGCUGAUAUUUGUAAAGGGUUUUUUUUUUUUUAUCAUCUUUUCUAGGAGGUUUGAUAGUAAGGCUCUCACAUAGAAGCUUGCUCAAUCUGAUUGCCCCUUCUACCCCACCAUGAUAUGAUUGAUGAUCCAAAGUAUCUAUCAAGAAGUUCCCACUGAAGAUGGUUCAUUAAAAAAAUAUAAAAAAAAAAUAGAAAUCUCAUCAUCCCAUGCAAAUUGACUUAGAAACAACUGGAGAACCUUGCUAGUGGAGAAAGUAGCUUGGGCAAGCCUCUAGUGGAGUUAACCUUGCUAGUAAGUCUACUUCUGUAUAUAUACGAGGUGAGGCCCUAGGUAGAAUAAUACGUGGGAACUUACCCUUUAAGAGCUUGAUUUCAUGUAUAAUACAAACUUGUAAAUGCAUGGGAAGAGGUAUCCCAUCUCACUAUCUCCCAUGCAAUAUGGCUGCUCAUGGAAGUGAUACCA